ACAAAGCAUAAGCAAGCAGACGUUCAUUCACACAUUUAUCAACACCACUUCGACAACACACAUCUCAACUCAAAACUCAACGACACUAUGUCUCCCACUUCCACCCCCACGAAAUUCGGCAUCAUCCUCUUUCCUGGCUUCCAACUCCUCGACGCAACCGGCCCCCUCGACGCCCUUAACCUCCUCGCAACCUCCCACCCCCUUACUCUAAGCAUAAUCGCCGAAACACUCACCCCAGUCUCGACGCGCACCGACCCGCAAACGAUGGUAGGGAGUGUGUUUGCGCAAAGCAUCGUACCGACGCAUACUUUUAGCACUGCGCCACGGGAUUUGGAGGUACUGAUCCUGCCGGGAGGUUUGGGGACUCGGGACGGCUCGGCGAUGGAGGCGGUUGUGGAGUUCUUGAGAGGGUAUGGGAUCGCGAAGUGGGGGAAAGGGGCGGACAAGGGGAAGUGGGUCGUUACGGUUUGUACGGGGAGCGAGGUGUUGGCUCGGACGGGUGUUUUGGAUGGGAAGAGGGCGACGACGAAUAAGAGAGGGUUUAAUGGGGUGCGUUGAUGAUUCUUCCCCCCCCCCUACAGAGUCUGAAGUACUGACAAUUGCAUCAGAUCAAAGCCACCCAUCCAUCUGUGCACUGGGUCCCCAAAGCACGCUGGGUCGUCGACGGCAACUUCUGGACGAGCUCGGGUAUCAGCGCAGGGAUUGAUGUGGCGUUUGCGUGGAUCGCGGCU